AUGCCUCAAGCAGCCGACGUCGAAGAAGUAGUUGACAUCGGGAAUUCCUACAGCCCAUUCGGGAUCCCGCUAAAUCUACGGCCCGUAGACGUCAGCAAUGGAAGUCACGGGGACUCCAUAUUCUGCGCCGUGCCUUUCUUCGGCCCCCUCCUCUUCGAAAACGCCAAUUCAGACGCCCGCGACCACUGUGCCAAUGAGCGCACAUUCCUCUCCUACCUCCGCCUGAGUGUCUACAUGGCGGUCGUCUCCAUCGCCAUCGUCGUCUCCUUCCACCUGAAGUCGCAGCCCUCCACCCUCGAGCUCCGCAUGGCCAGGCCCCUCGGCGUCAUCUUCUGGCUGCUCAGUAUCAGCAGCCUGGCACUGGGCUUUGGGAACUACAUCCAGACGGUGAACAAGUAUAGUCGCCGGGCGGCCAUCGUGCAGACGGGAUGGAAGACGCAGUCGGUUCUAACUAUGAUCGCCUUCUCAAUCGUAGCAGUCUGCGUACUCUUCCUCGCCACAAACUCAAAACGCAUGUAG